AAUGUAUGACAACAUGUCCACAAUGGUGUACAUAAAGGAAGACAAGUUGGAGAAGCUUACACAGGAUGAGAUCAUCUCCAAGACCAAGCAAGUAAUUCAGGGCCUGGAGGCUUUGAAGAAUGAGCACAACUCCAUUUUGCAGAGUUUGCUGGAAACACUGAAGUGUUUGAAGAAAGAUGAUGAGAGCAACCUGGUGGAGGAGAAAUCCAACAUGAUACGGAAAUCACUGGAGAUGCUAGAGCUCGGCCUGAGUGAGGCGCAGGUUAUGAUGGCCUUGUCAAAUCACCUAAAUGCUGUUGAGUCAGAGAAACAGAAACUACGUGCGCAGGUUCGUCGCCUGUGCCAGGAGAAUCAGUGGCUGCGGGAUGAGCUGGCCAACACACAACAGAAGUUACAGAAGAGUGAGCAGUCCGUGGCUCAGCUGGAGGAAGAAAAGAAACACCUGGAAUUUAUGAACCAGCUCAAAAAGUAUGACGAUGACAUUUCCCCCUCGGAGGACAAGGACACCGAUUCUGCCAAAGAGCCCCUAGAUGAUCUCUUCCCAAAUGAUGAGGACGAGCCAGGCCAAGGAAUCCAGCAGCAGCAUAGCAGUGCUGCCGCUGCUGCCCAGCAAGGUGGCUACGAGAUCCCGGCGCGGCUACGCACACUCCACAACCUGGUGAUCCAGUAUGCUUCGCAGGGGCGCUAUGAGGUGGCUGUGCCGCUCUGCAAACAGGCCCUGGAGGAUCUGGAGAAGACUUCAGGCCAUGACCACCCUGAUGUGGCCACCAUGCUCAACAUCCUGGCCCUGGUGUACAGGGAUCAGAACAAAUACAAAGAUGCAGCGAAUCUGCUGAAUGAUGCCUUGGCCAUCCGUGAGAAGACGCUGGGCAAGGAUCACCCUGCGGUGGCUGCGACCCUGAAUAACCUAGCUGUCCUGUAUGGUAAACGAGGGAAGUACAAAGAGGCCGAGCCAUUGUGUAAGAGGGCCCUGGAGAUCAGAGAAAAGGUUCUAGGAAAGGAUCACCCUGAUGUUGCUAAGCAGUUAAAUAAUCUGGCCUUACUGUGCCAGAACCAGGGCAAAUAUGAAGAAGUAGAAUAUUAUUACCAGAGAGCCCUGGAGAUCUACCAGACAAAAUUGGGACCCGACGACCCCAAUGUGGCCAAGACGAAAAACAACCUGGCAUCCUGCUACCUGAAACAAGGAAAAUUCAAGCAAGCAGAAACAUUGUACAAAGAGAUUCUCACUCGUGCACAUGAGCGAGAGUUUGGUUCUGUGGAUGAUGAAAACAAGCCCAUCUGGAUGCACGCUGAGGAAAGGGAAGAGUGCAAAGGAAAGCAGAAGGACGGGUCGUCUUUUGGAGAGUACGGAGGCUGGUACAAAGCCUGCAAAGUUGACAGCCCGACUGUUACAACUACUUUGAAAAACCUUGGAGCACUUUACCGACGUCAAGGGAAAUUUGAAGCUGCAGAGACAUUAGAAGAAGCUGCCAUGAGGUCUCGUAAACAGGGUCUUGACACUGUUCACAAACAGAGAGUGGCUGAAGUGCUAAAUGACCCUGAGAACAUGGAGAAGCGGAGGAGCCGGGAGAGUCUCAAUGUGGACGUGGUCAAGUACGAGAGUGGCCCUGACGGAGGGGAGGAAGUGAGUAUGAGCGUAGAGUGGAACGGGGAUGGCACUGGAUCUUUAAAACGCAGUGGUUCCUUUAGCAAACUCCGGGCCUCCAUUAGACGCAGCAGUGAGAAGCUGGUUAGGAAGCUGAAGGGAGGAAGUUCACGAGAGAGUGAGCCGAGGAACCCCGGCAUGAAGCAUGCCAGUUCUCUGAAUGCUCUUAACGUGGGUGGUGAGGCUGCAGAAGAUCAUUCCCAAGAAAGAAGUAACUGUUUGGCAGACUCGAGAGCUCUGAGUGCCAGCCACACUGACCUGGCCACUGAGGGUCAGGACAGAGCUAAAUAGAAUCCCCGAGACUAACAGAGCACUGAGACCCUCGCAGCCCUGGUGGUGGCCGAGCUUUCUUUCCUAGAUAGUGACAGCCAACCUCAGGGGCUGCCUUUAGAAAAGAGUGGGCAGCCAUGCCCCGGAAUUCUGCAUCUGGCGCCCGAGAGCCACCAACAUGAGAGCCGGACACGCCUGCAUCUGUCUCCCUCUUGCCCUGAUCCCAGGCCUCUUUUAGACUUUGAUACUGUGACAAGUCUGUAAUGAACCAGAGACACAGAGAAUGUCCUCUCGGAAGGGAGCUCAAGGUGUCUGUUGGAGAAACCAGUGCAGGAGAGAGGCGUGGCAGGGAGGAGGCUCCUCAGGCUCUGCCUCGAGGUGUUCCCUCAGGGCCUCUGCAGGGCCAGCGUGGUGACUGACAGGGUAUGGUCCCAGCCCUUGCCUGCUGGCCCCUUCAGCUAAGCACCUUGACACGUGUCUUUCAUUUUUUGAAAAGCUUUUGAUGGGUGGAUUUUUCACGAGAACCAUUCAGAUCCACCUCAGAAGCUUGCUGCUUCAGGCAGCGUGUGAGCCACAGGAGGCUGUGAACCCACAGCAGGUUCAGGGAGCUGGGUGCCGGGUGCAUCCUAGGCUGUGCAGCCUUUGCCGGGACGUGGGGUUUCAGUGCUCACCUUGCAGCAGCCGUGGCCCUGCCUUGAAGCCUCCCUUUGCAUGCUGCUGGGGAGGGGCUGGUAUGCUGGAUGUGGGCUGCUGGGACCCACGUGCUGUUCUUGAGCCAAGGGCCAGAGGUGACAGCAAUGGGGGUUUUUGCAGCAGCUGGACUUGAGAUGUCUUCAUGUGCCCUGUGACUGGGUAUCAGUUCUGGUUGCCAACUGGCAUUGGGAAGGGUUUCUGCUCCUGGCAGGCCUGCGUGUGCCCCAGGGCUUUGGCCAGAACUUCCUUCUGUACUGCCGCUUGGAGGCUGUUGUCUAGGCUUGCACUGCAGCUUCUGAGGGGUCGGGAACUAAAUGCUGUCUAGUGAGGUUUAGGACAUUCCACAGUGUGACAAGCUGCUCCCUACACAGCUACCCGAGAAAAAGGGAAGCCGCAGGCCCAGCUCCCUCCACUCCAGGCUUGAGCACCCAGAGCACAGAGCUAGGCCUUGGGCUGUCUCUGUGGGAAUGCAGGUGGGGGGCAAAACCUGUGGCACCCAAGGAGCCACACUUCAGUCACAGGGGGAGCUGCAUGGGACCUGGGGCAGCAGGUAGCCUGUCUCCAGUGUGGUCGUCUGCAUCUUAAUGCUCUUAGGAAAGAAGUGGCCACGUCCCCACUCCUCAGUGUCCUCGUUGGUGGAGAGAGGACCCCAAGUGAGAGUGGCACUUGUCUCUUCAGUCUUUGUCAGUCCCAAGUUAAAAGCCAAUCUAAGCCAGAUGGUGCACACUGGGGACGCUGUGGCAGGAGGAUCACAAGUUCAAGGCAGUUUAGUGGGACUGUGCCUCACAAAGGCUGGGUGUUGCUCAGUGGUAGAGCACUUGCCUUGCCCGCCCUGGGUUCUACCCUCACCACCACCCAACAGUGGCAGGAAGGUGGAGCAGCUGCUGCCCAGGGCCAAGUGUGCUAGUCAAUGCAGGGACCAUCCAUAGAUGUCACAGGAGAGUUCCCAGGUGGGCACAACAGGGAGGCAGAAGCCAGACCUGGGGCUGGGCUGGGCACUGCAUGGACUUCCGCCCAAGUGGUCCUGGUGUUGACAGGAUUGGAGGAGUUUAAACCUGUACCUUACUUUUUUCUUAAAAGAAUUAAAAAAAUAAACCCCUGCA